AAGGAGAAAGGUAACCCUAGACACUUUCUAUUUUCUGAUUGCGUUGUUGUCGAGAAAACUGCGAAAGUACUACUUUUCCGCGUAAUAAAUCGUUAAACAAAAUCAAAGGAUCGCACUGAGACAUAAUCAGGGAUUCUCACUUGAGUUGUGAGCAUCUGUGUGCAAGCCGUGUUGAUUGGAGCGAGGAAAGUAAAUCAGAAAAAGUAAAAAAAAUCGAAGAUUUUUUCACGAUGGCCGAAGUAGAGAAAAUGACAGCGGCUCCACCGACCGAUAUACCCGUCUCCUCGCCGAAUGCCAGUGAGGCGGGCGGUGGUAGCAGCAGCACAGCCGAAUUGGGUACAUCCCCCAACCAGGAGCCGUCGAGCAACUCCCACCCCCAUGACUCCGAGUACGACACCGCCAGCGAUCUCGAGGGCGGCGAGGACUACGAUGAUGACGACGACGAUGAAAGCGGUAGCGAGGAGGAGUCGGAGACUGAUGAGGACGAUGUGGGCAGCGAGACCACCGAGGAUGAUAGGCACAGCGGUACGGUAAGCGGCAACGACAACUGCCAGGACAGAUCUGUGGCCGACAGCGAGGCGCAGAAGAAAGUCGACGAGGAUCGCAGCAAUCCGCAGUACAUACCGAAACGCGGCACCUUCUAUGAGCACGAUGACCGCACGGCCGAAACCGAGGGCGGAUUGGUCCCCGAGACGGAGAACAGUUCGCAGUCAGUACCAGAGUCAAACGGUGACGUAAAUGGGGUCUCCGCCUCGAGUGCCACACCCAGUGGACAGCCUCCGGCCAUCUCGCAAGCUUCCAAGACCAUGCGGCAGUGGCAGCCGGCCUCUGGUGGCGAUCGUUGGUCCCACGAUAAGUUCGAGCUCCACGAACAGGCACCCAAGUCGCGGACGGAGCUGCUGCAGUCCUAUGGCUAUGAUAUACGCAAUGAGGAUGCUCCACCGCGUGCCCGUCGGCGCAGACGCUACACCCGCGGCCCCAGCAAAUACUCACGCAACUGGGAGGACGAGCAGGCGUAUCUGAAGGCCAGCAACAAGGAACGCAAGCCGCCACGACCUCAGGACUUCCCGGCAUUGAACGAGCGCAAGCCGCGCAGGCCGCGCACUUCGUCCUUCCGCGAGGAGAAGGAGAAUCGCCGCUCGGAACGCGGUGCCGACAAACCUCAAGGCGGCGGUGGUGGAUGCGGAGGCGCAGGCGGGGCCAGUGGCUCGAAUCCAGCCCCUCGAACCCAGGAAGUGGAGCGCGAGCGUGAACGUGACCGCGAUAGGGAGCGUGAGCGUGAGCCAAAGAACCGCAACUAUGGGCGCGUGAACGGCGGUCCGGGCAGACAGAAUCCCAUGGAGUUUAAGCCAAAGUCAAAUCGUGGUCCACCACCAGACCGUCGUGAGCGUGGUGAUCGUGAGCGUGGGGACCGCGGUGAGCGUGAGCGAGACCGCGAGCAGGAGCAUGUGGAGCAGCGCAACGAGCGUUCGCACCAGAAGCCAUCUACACCCAGAACAAACGGACAGGGCAAGCAGUCGGGCGAUGGCCCAGCCACACAGCAGAGUCAGCAACAGCCGCCACCGCAGCAGCAGCAGCAGCGACAGUCGCCACAGCAGGUGCAACAGCCGCCACUGGCGUCGCCUCAGACACAGCUUUCGACCACUAAUCUGUCGCAGAGACUGCAGCAGGUGCAGCAGCGCAACGAUCCCAGUCAUGUGGGCAGCGUUCAGAUGCAUUCUCUGGCCAACCAGAACCAACAGCAGCAGCUACAGCUCACGCAGCAGGCACAACCGGCAGCUCCAGAGCCUAGGACUGCACCCAAACGAUACUCCAGUCUCCGUCGCUCCCAGCAGGAGGCAUCCCAGCACUUGGCAGAGCAGCAGCAGCAGCAGCAACUGCAGCAGCAGCUUCAUCUUCAACAACAGCAGCAACAGCAACAACAACAGCAGCCCUCACAGAUUAUGAUACAAGAUCCGCAUGUCCUGAUGCAGUUCGCCUAUCAGCAGCAAGAGAUUCAGGCCCAACUGCAGACACUGCAACUGGGACCGGCACCAGCUGCUGUGCCAGCGCCACCAAAGCAACAUGCCCCGCCAGCGGCAGCCUAUCCCCAGGCACAGGCGGCACCCUAUUAUGUGACUGGAGCGGAGCCAGUGCCGGUGCAGGUGCCAGUUUCGGUGUCGGUUCCCCCAGCGUCCCCGUAUGUUAAUCCGGCCAGUGCCGCCUAUUUGCCCACCACACCGUCAGCCGUGGCCUUUGCACAGGCCCAGACAUCGGUGGUGACGCAGCCACAGCCACAACCGCCAGCCCAGGCGCCAACGCCAGCUGCAGCUGCCCAGGGGCCACCGUCCAUGAACUUUCAUCAGAACUACAACACUGUCGGGGGCACAACCUACUUCGUGCCACCGGCCCAGACCACCAGCCGACCUUCAGCGCUGCCCCAGCGUCGCCCAACCAAUGCGAUUCCCAUUCUGCCACCAUCCGAGAAGCACAAGGCGCGCUCCGGAGGAUUAGCCGGGCCAAAUGCCAACCAGUUGACCAAGGAGGAGGGCGGACACGCGGACAACAUUGACCACAUCAUUGACAACAUGUUCGUGCAGCGACCUGCAUUCCAGCCACCGGCCACUGGAGAGGCGGCGGCUGCGGGUGCCAAGGAGGAUGUGGCCAAUAGCAAUCCCAUCCUUCCAGCACUGGCGGCAGCCGAACAGAACCUUCAGCCUGUGCCGGCUGUUGGGCAGGAAUGAGUGUACGCCAACCUUCAGCACCAGCAGCUGCAGCAGCAACAACAGCAGCAGCAGCAGCAAAGGCGCGGGCGCCAUGCCCCCGGGCACUCAGUUCCUUUGCCCGCCUACGCUCUGCUGCCGCCGCCGCACAUUGGCUACUACCGCCAGCAGCACUAAUUCGGAUAAAAGCCCCCCUAUCUCCCAGACAGAACUCAGCUCAUCAGCGUUUGGCUGCUGCAUAUUGCCACCCAAGAAAUAUUUUUUUGGAUUUUUGUUUAUGUUGUUUUGGCUUUAAGUCUGUGACUUGAAUUUAAUUUUUUGUAGAAAGAAAAGUAAGAAAAGUGGAAAAAACCAUUUGUAAUUAGAAGCACUAAGCACAACACACACACACGCGUAAAUAAUCUUAGUAGAGCGAACACUAAAUGAGAAGUUGCACACACUUUACCCCCCAUAUAUAUUGUAGAAGAAACGAAACGAAAUGAAACAUAUUUAAUCAAAAAAGCCACAGGCCCCGGCUCAGGUCAGUCGACUGCUUCAAUUGAACUUGUACGUAGGAUCUGGGAUCAUCAAAUGCAGCGUCCCCUCCCCUCCCCCUCGCUUAUUGUAUCAAAAUAAGUAAAAAGUUGUAAGAAUUAAUUAUUAUGGAGUGUGACGCUGGCUGGGCGGGCGCCUUCGCUUAAUUAGACGCAUUUUAAACAAUUGAAACGAAACUGAAAUUCCCAUGCGAAAAUGUAUUUUGCGUAAACUAAUCCAAACACUGAAAACAUUGAAUUUGAAAUAAACGUUAACACGAAA